UUAAAUGUACUGAGAUAUUUGCACAAUUAACUAUAAAUACACUCUUUUUGCAGUGAGCAGGAUAUCUACUAGAAUCUUGACUUAAUGUCGUGUUUUGAUUGUUGAUUUAUUAUCAAACAUUUGGAUUAUCUUAAAUGUUGCAAUUGCACAAAAAUCUGUGAGGGACGACGGAGUCCCAGAAUGAACUUCAGUGAAAGAGGCGUACGGAGCCUGGUGCUGGAAGCCCGUUGAAAGGCUGUUUACGUCGUUUUAAACUGUGUGAUUGUGAGUGGGAAUAAAAACACCAAUAGGCAUUUCUUUAGCCAGUAAACCUUUUACGGAUGCAAAAGCAAGAACCCCCCACUUGAUGACUUUGUGUUUCUGUGUUUGAUUUGAUGCAAAGCACUUUGAAAUUCCUUGCUGCUGAAAUGUGCUAUGCAAAUAAAAUUUGAUUUGAUUUUGAUUUUGGAAAAACUGAAAAUAACAUUAGUGAAGAAUCUAGAGUCUAACAUUACUGCUGCUGGGAGGAAGGAUCUGUGUUGACGCUCCUUUGUGCUCUUAGGAUGCAGCUCUCAGCUUCUGAAUGAAGCUUUUCUGCUGAAUUUCAUAUUUAUGUUUUUCUCUCCAGAGUCGUCAUGUCUUUUCCAGAAGAACAUGGGUGAGCCAAUCAAAUCCAACAUUCAGUAUUUAUAUCACUGCAGUCUGUUUUUUUACAGGCCUGUCUGAUAUUAUCUUUUCUUUGCCUCUAGAGGCCGUCAGGAGGGUAAAAACAUUCACAAAUACUUUUAAAUGAAUGUACAUUUUUUCUCUCAGCUCUCUCUUACUGCUGCUGUGUUUUUCUGCAGAUGAUGAAGAGGAGCAGGGAGAGGAAGAAGAACGUCCCAGAUACAAGCCAGUGGUCACACAACUCGCAGCACCAAAAAUCCCAGAAGGAGAGAGGGUUGACUUUGACGAUAUCCACAGGAAGAGGAUGGAGAAGGAUCUGCUGGAGCUGCAAACUCUGAUUGACGUUCACUUUGAGCAGAGGAAGAAGGAGGAAGAGGAGCUGAUUGGACUCAAAGACAGAAUUGAGAGAAGGAGAGCAGAGAGAGCUGAGCAGCAGCGUGUGAGGGCUGAAAAAGAGCGAGACAGACAGACGAGGAUUGCAGAAGAACGACAGAGGAAAGAGGACGAGGAAACGAAGAAGAGAGCGGACGAUGAGGCCAAGAAGAAGAAAGUUCUCUCCAACAUGGGCGCUCAUUUUGGAGGAUUCCUUGCAAAGGAAGAACAAAGAAGAGGCAAGAGACAAACAGCAAGAGAGAUCAAGAAAAAGACUCUGGCAGAGAGACGGAAGCCACUGAGUAUUGAGAGCCUGAAGGAGGACGGCCUCAGAGAGAGAGCCAAGGAGAUGUGGGAAUGGAUCUAUCAGCUGGAAUCAGAGAAGUUUGACCUCACUGAGAAGAUUAAGAAACAAAAAUAUGAAAUCAACGUCCUUCUGAACAGAAUCCAACAUGCUCAGAAAUUUAAGAAAGGCCAUGGGAAGGGGAAGGUCGGAGGCCGAUGGAAGUGAGGUUUCCCACAUUUGCACAAUAAUGAGAAGAUUUUCUGAGAAGAGUUUUCCCAGCUUGAGGAUUUAGUUGUAGUAAUUUUCUUGUGUUCAGCUCUUCAAGUUUAAUUGCCCGUUCAGUUAAUAAAACACAUGCUUCAAUUAAACAGUGUUUUUUUUAAUAGAAACUGAAUUCACUGCUGAAAUUUUCUGCAAAUACAUUAACAACAAUAAACAUACA